AUGAUCAAAAACAUAUUUAAUGAAUAUUUAAAACAUUAUGACAAACAAAACUUGGGAUAUGAACAAAAUGAUAUGAACACAUCUUCCAAAGAUUACUCCAAUGAAUACACAUCCGAUUGGAGGUGGUUUAGUAUAAAAUGUGAACGAAUUAUUGAAAGUGAAUUAAAUAAAAAAUAUUUACAAAAUAAUGAAAAGAAUGAAUAUAAGAAUUCUAUAGAAGAUAUUGAUAAUAUAUCAACUUUCAGAUCCUUCUUUCCAAAGAUUUUGUUAAAUGCUUAUAGCAGAUAUAGUGACCCCAAAAAGUUUUUCGACAACCUCAUCAUUCAGAAGUUCAAUGCAGUCGUGUUUUUCUGUGACGCAAGUGGGUUUUCGAGCCUGGCUGAGCAGCUUGACAAAAAGAUAAACGGCGCGGAGCUUCUCGGGAAUUGCUUAAACAAAUUUUUUAAUAUUUUAAUAAAAAUAAUAGAUAGUUGGGGUGGUGAUAUUAUAAAAUUUAGUGGAGAUGCAGUUAUGGUUAUCUGGCCAUUAAAUGCGAAAAAAAAAAUUAAAAGAAAAAGAAAAGACUCUCAAUUAAUUGGAAAGAAUAGUAUAUCAAUGAGCGUAAAAAGUUUUGAAAGAAAAGAAAGUCAGCAAAGUGAAAUAAAUCUUGUUGAUAAAAAUGAGGGAGAAGGGGAAGAGGAAAAUGAAAAUAUUGAUGAAGCAAAAAGAAAGAAACUAAAUCAUGUUCGAAGAAUAUCUUUGCUAGCUUUAGGAUGUAGUAUAAAUAUUCAUAAAUUAUUAAAUAAAUUUCCAACCCCAAUUGAAAAUAGAUAUUUAAAAGUUCAUAUUGCUAUUACAUAUGGGAAGGUAAACUUUCUACAAGUAGGGAAUAUAUUAAAUAAACGAGACUAUAUAUUAUCUGGUAAACCUUUAGAAGAAAUUGGAGCUGGUGAAUCAUUAGCAAAAGAUGGAGAAACUGUUAUUUCCUAUUCUUUUUAUAAAAAUAUAAAAGAUAAAGUUGAAAUUAAAGAGACUUGUAAAAAAAGGUUUUAUUUAUUAGUAGGAGUAAAUGAUGAAUUAGAUAUGACCAAAUUGAAAGAACAUAAUCAUGAAAAAGAGAAUGAUAAAAAAAAUGGAACUGUUUGUAAAAAUUUUGAUCUCUUGUUAAAAAGUUUUAUACCAGAUAUUGUAUAUAGAAAAUUAUCUUUAGGAUAUAAUAUGUUUGUUAAUGAGACAAGGAAAGUAACAAUAAUUUUUGUAUCAGUAAAAGAUGUAGAUACUUCUACAAUGACAGGUAUAUAUUCUACUCAUAGUAUUAUGAAGUUGACACAAAAAGCUGUAUUUACUAUGGAAGGCACAAUAAAUAAGUUUAUAUUUGAUGAUAAAGGAAUUUUAAUAUUAAUUAUGUUUGGGCUACCACCAUUAUAUCAUUCAGAUGAUUCAAUAAGAGCAUUACUAACAUGUUUUAGAUUAAUAGAUGGUUUGAAAUCACUUAAAUUGAAUGGUAGUAUUGGGGUUUCUACUGGUAAAAUUUGGUGUGGUAUGGUUGGGAAUAAAAUAAGAAAAGAAUAUACAGCUUUAGGUGAUUCAGUAAAUAUAGCUGCUCGAUUAUGUUGUAAAGCUGGAAAUAAAGAAAUUUAUGUUGAUGAAAAUACUUAUAGUAAUUGUAAACAUUUUAUUAUUUUUCAAAGUUUAACUUCGAUCAAAGUUAAAGGGAAAAAUAAAUCAAUAAAAAUUUAUUCUCCUAUUGGUACUAUUAACAAAAGGGCAAAUAAUCUAGCCUAUGAUGAUUUAUUUAUUUUAGAUUAUUUUACUGAUAAAGAAUUGUUAGACAAUGAUAUUCCAGGUUCACCAGGUGGUUAUAAGGAAAUAAAACCUAUUCAAAAAAAAAAUUCUACAAAAUUAUCAACAACUUAUGAAGAAGUAGCAGAUUUCAAUUUUUUAAAUAAGAAUUUUUUGCUAAAAUAUUAUAAAAAUAAGUUUAAAAAUCAAAUAAAUGAUUUAUUAAAUAAAAAAGAUUGUUUAUAUUAUUUAAAAAUGAAUAAAGAAAUGGAAAAUAAUGGAAAUAAAAAUAAAAAAUGGAAUGAGAAAAAAUGCACAUGUAACAACACUUUGAGUAGUAACUGCUUCAAAUGUAGUCAAAUUUAUAGUCUUUCACCAUACCAUUAUGUAAAAAGUGAAUUGUGUACAGACUAUAAAACACAUACAGGGCCAUUAUUUAUACAUGAAUAUUAUGAUCCAUUAUUUUUUGAUUUUAAUGAAAUAUAUAAUAUUGGUGGUGUAUUAUUUUUAGAGGGAAGUGAGCAUUUAGGAAUAUUUGAAAUAAUUAAAUUAAUUAAAAAAAGUUUAAAUAAUUUCAAAAUUUUUAAUAUUAGUAAUAUGCCCAAUUCUUUAUAUAUAAAUAUUACAAAUCCAUUAUUACCAUGGAAGAUAUUAUGUAAUGAUAUAACAAAUAUGUGGAGAUUAUGUAAUAUGAGAAAAAAAUAUUUAUAUUUAAAUGAAGAUGAUAAUUACAAUAUUUUAAAAGAAAUUACUCAUCCUUCUUAUCAUUGGUUUUUAAAAUGUAUGUCUAAUAUUAUUGAUGAUUUAUAUAUUCCUGAGAUACCAACACAAAAGGAAACAACAAAAAUUAAAAAUAUAUUUGAUAAUCAAGCUAUUAAUAGUGAUUCAGAUUUUGAAGCAUUAGAUGGUAGUCACUAUGAUGAAAAUAGAAAAGAUGGACGUGCAUUUUGUAAUAAGUUAGUUAAAAAUAUGAGGAAAGUUUUCUUUAAUUCACCAUUAGAAAUUCGAGAUGAAAUGUAUCAGGAAAGCAGAUCAACAGAUUUAACUAAAAAUGAAAAUGAUACAAUGAAUAAGAAAAAAAAAAAAAAAAAAGGAACACAAAAUGAAAAUAGUGAUGAUUCAAUUGCAAAUUCUUCUGAAGCAGACAAUACAAAUUCAAAAAAUGGAAAUAUAACAAACAUAAAUAGUGAUGUUAUAUUAAAAAAUGAUAUGAAAGAAAAUAGGAUAAGUAUAAUAAACUGUAUGAUAUAUAAUUUUUGUUUAUAUGAAUAUACAUUUAUUAUUUUUAAUUGUCGAUCGGGGACUUCUUUAAAUAUAAGUAUUGAAGAACAUGCAUGGAGAAUUUGUAAAAAUAUAUCUAAACUAGCAAUCUAUAAAAGAAAAAAAAUACUAAAAAAUUUUCAUAAAAAUUUAAAAAAUUGGCGAAAAAAUCAUUGUAGAGUAUGUAAUUUUUGUAAAGGUGUUGGAGAACAAGACUUUGUAAGUUAUGAUCAAAUAUACAAUAACAACACUGAACUGCCGAGUAACAGUACUUAUUGCUUUGAUCUUAAAAAUCGUCAUGCUAGUCUUUCAAAAGAUAAUAAUAAAAAAAAAAAAAAAAAUUCUAUAACUGAAAUUGAAAAUGAAAAAAAAGAUAUGACUUAUUCAGAUAGUUUAAAAAAUAAGAGUAUGUCUCUUAGUUUAUCAAAAGAACAAGAUAAAAAUAUUUUUCAAAUGUUUAAGGAACAAAAAAUAGGAAACGAUAAUAAAAAAACAACAAAAUUUUAUAAAACAUUAUAUCCAAAUAUACAAGAUAAUAUAUUAUUAUAUAUUGCUCAACAAAAAGCAAAACAAGAAACAUUUAAAAGAGAAUAUGAUACUCAAACAAAAAAAUGGAGUGACCUAGCUAAGACAAAUAAUCCAAACUUUAAUGAUAUCGAACAAGAUGAAAAUAUUUCAUAUUAUUAUAAACCAAGAAGAUCUAAUUUAUGUAAUCCUAUUUUUAAACCUAAAAAUAAACCAUUAAUAUUUUUAUUUGUAAAUGGGGCACAAAAUAAUGAUAAUGUAAAAGAAUUAAAAAAAAUGAAAAAAUAUGCAGAAGAAUGUAAUGGAUAUAUAAAAUUAGAAAACUUUAAUAAAAAUGAUUUAUAUAAUUUUGUUAGUUUAUGUUUAAAUAUUGAUGUUGAUAAAAUAAGUGAAGAAUUAAUAAAUUAUUUAAAUAAAACUUGUUUUGGAUUUCCAAAAUUUAUUCAAUAUACUUUAUUUUAUUUAUUAAAAAAUAAAUUUAUAAAACUUUAUAAAUAUACUAUUCCAAAUGUUCAUGAAAAAAAAAAUGAAAAAUUAGAUGAAACUCUAAAACGAUCUAACAGCAUUUAUGACUAUACAAAUGCUGAAAACAAAAAAUUAUAUUCAAGAAAAAGUAUCACUUCCAAUGAUGGUCUUCCUUCGUUGAAAAAAAAUAAAAAAAGAUUAACUAAGAAUAGUAAAGCAUCUCAAAGUCUUAUUUCUUAUGACUAUGUUAAUAAAACUAGCCAAAAUAUUAUAAGAGAACAAAAUGAAUUCCUCAAUUUUACAGUUUAUAGAGAAUCAAGUAAUACCCUAAUAAAUUCAGACCUUUCAAAUUAUGAUCAAGAGACGGAAAAAAAUCAAAAUGAUAAAUACGAACCUGUCUAUAAAUUCGAAAUGGAAGUUGUUAAAAAUUUGGAUAAUGCCACAUUAGUACCUCGUCUGACUGCCUACUGCAUGUUCAUUAUUGAUAGCUUAGGCGAAGAAGAUCAACUACUAGCGAAGCUUUGUUCAUUUUUUAAAGACAAAUUCAACAUAAAAAAAAUGGAGUGCAUAUAUCCAAAACCUCUCUCUAGAUCUGAACUUAAAAAAAUUGUUGUAAAUUUAGUAAAGAAGAAUGUAUUUGAAGUUUGUGAAGAGAAUAAUAAGAAACCCAACAAUACAAUACCAAAAAAAAAUGAUGUCAACUCUAUACACAAUAUUAAUUUUAUAUAUAGAAAUAUAUAUAAUAAAAUGGAUAGCAUUUCUGCGAAUAGAAAACAUAUCCAUUUAAUUUUUAGCACAAAAUCGGAUAUACCAGAAGAAAAUAUUUUUUUCCGUAUAACAAAUUAUGCCCUUAAAAAGGUUUUAAGCGAAUUAAUGGAAAAUGAAGAAAAAAAAUAUGUUAAAAAUAUUUACAAAAAACAUAUAGAAGAUUAA